UCGGCAGAGCUGGGGUCACGUGCCUUCGAGUGACGUAGCGUGUGACGCGCCGCGCCUGGUCCGUCUGCUUCCGGGUUGCUUCAGGGGCAGCAUGUGUUUGUAGCGUUUUGGAUUUUAAAACGAAAAUCUAAAGUCUGACUUCUGGUUAAUAGAUCGUCAACAUGAGCAGCCAAAAAGGCAACUCUUCUCGUUCGCGGCCACAGAAGCAUAAAAACAGUGUGGCCUUCAGAAACGACAAAUACGGAGCCACCAUACAAGUGAAGAUAGCAAACUCGAAAAUCCAUAAUGGGCUCUGUCAAAGAUGCAAAGAUGUAUUGGAAUGGAAAGUGAAGUACAACAAAUAUAAAUCGUUGACACAGGCAAAGAAAUGUGUGAAGUGUUUCCAGAAGAACGUGAAAGAUGCAUACCACAUCAUGUGUAAACCCUGCUCGAUCCAGCUAGAGCUCUGUGCCAAGUGUGGGAACAAGGAGGAGAUAGUUAUUCCAAUAAAUCCUGAAGUGGAGGAGGAGGGUGAGCAAGGAGAAGAGGGUGAUAAGAAGAAGAGACUGAGAAAGAGGAAGGAUUUGGAGGAUGAUGAUGAUGAUCUAAGUGACUUUGGGAGUGAGGACGACGACGAUGAUGAUGAUGAUGGUGAUGAUGAAGACAGUGACUCCAGACCAAGGAAGACGCUCAACAAACUGCCUGUGCUCCCUGAUAUCUCUGGGGCCACCAUAAAAGACUGAAUUCACGAUUGGGUUUCAUUUCAUUGCCCAUUACAUUAUCCUUGAUAUGCUCCCGGAUCAUAAUAUUGGUUUGUAUUUACCAAGCAUUCUUUUUUGUUAUGUGUUAUUGAUCCGCUCUCAGAGAAGUUGUCGACGUGCUGAACUGACUUUUGAAUAAAGAGCUUAGGUCUGUUGAAGCGCGAUACGUUUCUCACCAUUGGUCUGUAGAGCAGUCCAGGCCAGUCUUGGCUCUGUCAUGUUGACAUCGCUCAGGAAGUGUUGUGUGUGUGGAAAGCACCCAUGACGAUGUUGCAAGCUCGGAGUCCACCUUCAUGGCCUUUGAGGCCGAGUCAUGCCAGGGCUCUGGACUGGGGCAACAUUACUUCCUGUUCCGAGUUGAGUUGCUACUGUCGGUGUAAAAGAGGCAUAAUCUGUAGUCGUUACCCCAGACUCAUUAAACUGACUCAAAGUUAA